AGUUUUCCGCGCAUGAUCUAUGAAACGAUAGUGAGGCGAAGCUCCUGGCUCUGCAAUGCCACCCAUCCUCCCACGAAAGCGCCUGCGAUCUGACUCCCCGAGACCAGAACCACCCCCGAAACGAGCCCGCGCCAACAAUCCGCCCGCCCGCCGCAGCACACAGUCGGUCUUUCAGACGCUGGACGCUCCACCGAAAAUCAAGCGUACCCUUUCGCAGACAAAGGCCUUCUUGGAGCAGGCAGAUGACGAGAGUGACUUGUCUGAGCUGAGCAGCAGUGAAGAUGACUUCGAGGAUGUGCCAUUGAACAAUACCAAUAAGACAGCCGGGAAAGGGAAGGCUCAUGAUGACGCGAGCAGUGAAGAGAGCCAAGAUGAAGACUGGGAGGAUGCGCUUGGUGCACACCAUCACACCAAGCCUGACCAUGGCCCCGCGCCAGUCAUCUCGGGCGACAUUGCGCUGACGCUGUCUGCUGCGCCCAAGACUGCCUUCGAUUCGAAACCUGACGGCAAGAAAGGGCCUUCAAAGGUCCAACGCCAGAUACGAAAUGUCACCCAUUGCAUGCAUGUGCAGUAUUUGAUGUAUCACAACCUGGUCCGCAAUGCUUGGAUACAGGACAAGGAGGUGCAGAAGGCGUUGGUAGCGAACUUGUCGUUAGGCUGCUGGCGCGAGAUGGAACAAUACUGGCGGGAUGCGGGCAUCUCGGAUGGACCUGACCGCGUUGUGGCAACACCGCGCAAGGCGCAAAAAGAACCCAUCAAGGAGACUAAGGGCAGAAAAGGUAACUGGAAGGAGACUGGUGAGAAAGGCGUUCAGAUCUAUGACAGCCCACAAAGUAGGCGUACUGGACGUGGUGAUGAGAGUAAAACACCGAGAGACAAGGACAAAGAGAUGCCCAAAGCUGACAGGAACGCUCGCAAUCGCGACUGGGGUGCAACGUCUGAGCCACUCGAGCCAAACACGCCGAAUCUAUCAGCUGGAGACCCUUUGCUUCGGCUAAUGCGAUAUCUUUCUGCCUACUGGAAGGCCAAGUUUCGCAUUACAGCACCCGGCCUACGAAAACGCGGCUAUCUUUCGCCUUCAACACUAGAAGGCGAGAUCAAUGCUUGGAGAGAUGAUCCAUCCAAUUUGGAAUUCGGUGAACGAGUAGAGAACCUUGAAGCUUUCCGCGAACUGGCGCGCAAAAGUGAAGGCAGUCGAGAUGUCGGGCAACAGCUGUUCACAGCCCUUUUACGAGGUUUGGGAAUCGAGGCUCGUAUGGUUGCAAGUCUGCAGCCUGUAGGCUUCGGCUGGAGUCAGAGUGAGGAGGGCAAGCCAAAAAAUCUUGAGAAACUCAGAGAAGCCACGAAGCCUACUCAACACAACAUGCCGGUCAAACCUACGCCAGCUAAGGGGAAACCAAAGUCGCGUGUAAUAACAAAGCGCAAAGGAGGCCCUGACGCAUCUGAAAGUAGCGAUCUUAGUAGUGUGAUAUCUAUAUCCUCCGAUUCUGAAGAAGAACCAACCACGAAGAAAUCCCCCAAAGCCCGCAACUACAGCGAAGAGCUGCCGCAUCCGACGUACUGGACAGAAGCAAUCUCACACCUAACCUACACACCUAUCUCAGUUUCACCACUUCCCCGCAUAUUGGUUGCGAGCGCUGCUUCACCAGACAAGCUCAUCGAGUUUUAUGCUCGUGGUGCAGCCGCCGACAAGGCGAGACAGAUCUUGGCAUAUGUAAUCGCUUUUUCUUCGGAUGGUACAGCCAAAGAUGUGACAACGCGAUACCUACCCAAACACCAAUGGCCGGGCCGAACCAAAGGCUUUCGCAUGCCGAUUGAGAAGAUACCCAUUCACAACAAGCGGGGUAAGGUCAAGAGAUGGGACGAAUGGGACUGGUUCAAGUCUCUCAUGCGUCCAUACGCAAGAUCUCACGACGCAAGACAGCCUUGGGAUGAGAUUGAAGAUGAGGGUGAUCUUGUCCCAGCACCACCACAGAAGAAAAAAGAUAUGGAUGACGAAGGCGGAAAGGAAACGCUACAAGGCUACAAAACCUCAGCCGAGUAUGUGCUUGAGAGGCAUUUGAGACGCGAAGAAGCUCUUAAAUCUGGGGCGAAGGUUGUUCGACACUUCGUUACUGGUAAAGGCGACAAUGAAAAGUCGGAGCCUGUAUAUCGGAGAAAGGACAUUGUUACCUGCAAGACAGUUGAGUCAUGGCACAAAGAGGGGCGAGAAGUCAAAAAGGGCGAGCAGCCGUUGAAAUUCGUAGCUAUGCGCGCAGUCACCGUGACUCGCAAACGCGAGAUCGAAGAACGCGAACGCGUAGAAGGAGGUAAAGUCCAGCAAGGCUUGUACUCGAAAGCUCAGACUGAUUGGAUUAUACCGGACCCCAUUACUGAUGGUAGGAUCCCGCGCAAUGCCUUUGGCAAUAUUGACGUAUAUGUUGCGACUAUGGUACCGAGAGGCGCUGUGCAUGUUCCCCUCAGAGGUACAGCGCGCAUCUGCAGGAAACUCAACAUUGACUACGCAGAAGCAUGUACCGGCUUCGAGUUUGGGAAGCAACGCGCUGUACCAGUUCUUACGGGUGUUGUGGUGGCAGCCGAAAACGAGGAUCUAUUGAUUGAUGCUUGGGAAGUAGCAGAAGCCGAGAAGGCUAAGAAAGAAGCUGAAAAGAGGGAGAAGUUGGUUCUCGGUCUUUGGAGGAAGUUUGUCUCCGGUUUGCGUAUCGUUGAGCGCAUGAAAGCCGAGUACGGCGACGAUGUCGAGCUGCCCGCGAAGAAGCCCGCACCGGCGCAAAAAGAAAACUCGAAACAGGGAAUGUCUGAGUGGGAAGUCUUUCAAGAGCACACAGACUUCGAAGGCGGCUUCUUGCGCGAUGAGGUUGGUCCAUCCCAUAGCAACUUCAACCGCGACGCGCCAGCUCAAGCAACUCAUGAUGUGGAUAUGGGCGGCGGUUUCUUCCCAGCAAGCCAGGAUGAACCAAUGCACGGUGAUCUUACCAUCGAUCACGGCGACCAGAGGGAGGAGACGUGUACACCUAUGGCAAACUCGGCGUAUCAGACGCCUAUAUCACUUACUUCGGCCCUUCAGCAGCCUGCUGGCGAAACUAGUGACCACGCAACUAAUGAUGAGGAAAUGGACGUUGACAUGUCUCAAGACCCCGAUGACAAUGAAGACGAAGAAGAGGACCCAAAGCCGACCCCUACCCGCCGAAGAAGCGUAGUCCCGCAGUCCUCACGCAGCAAACCGAUCCCGUCCGCACGCAGACGCCAAUCCAGGUGUACCAGCUCCUCAGAUGAAGAAUCGUCGCUCUCUGAUAUUGCCUCAGACGCUCCGAAGCCCCGUCCGUCAACAAGGGCUGUGCCUAAACGUAAAGCUGCACGCAAGAGUGACGCGCAGGUUAAGAGCCAUUUCUUUGCGAACCAUAGUGAGGGCGAAACAGAUUUGACGGAUAUGACAGAUAGGAAUUCGCCGAAGAAGGGUGCAGCGCGGGGUAGAGGGAGGGGUAGAGGAAGAGGUAGUGCGAGAGGAAGGGGACGGGGGAAGGCGAAGAGUGCGCAGGGUGAUUUGUAAUUGGGGUGUUGAAUUAUAUCGAUACUUAAGAUUUGAAUGCAAGCAUGUGUAAUUCAUAUCCUCGUGUCAAGGCGUCUUGAUAGCUAUAUGCUUGAUAAUACUAAUCUUCACUGUCUCCAUGUCCUGUCGUAUCCCGUAGUCUC